AGUGUGAUAAGAGUAAAUUCUUCUUAUGAAUAGCCUUUAACGACAACGGAAUGUUCAGGCAGAACUUUUGUUUUUUGUUCACAUUUCUGUCCUAUUUGAGCAUAGGAUAUUCCUUUGUUUUAUUGUCCACAGCACCACGACGUGUUGUAAAAGUUUUGAAAGUGUCGAAUGGAGCAUGGUGGGGACAAUGGGGGCCACCUCAAUUUUGUGCCGAGGGAACUUACGCAGUCGGAUAUGCAAUGAAGAUUGAAGGAGGUCAAGGACGUGGAGAUGAUACGUCAUUAAAUGCAAUCUCGCUUUUCUGUAUGGGACUUGAUGACGUGCGUUUCGGCGGAAAGAUCACCUCAAUUCAAGGAAUAUGGGGACAUUGGCACAGCAAUGUAUCAUGUCAUAAGGUUGAGGGAACACCUACCUUUCUUACAGCAUUUGAUCUGCAAGUUGAGCGGGAUUUAGGUGGUGGUGAUGACACAGGGGCAAAUUACGUAAAGUUUAAAUGCAGGGAUUUUGCUGCAGCAACAACACCCUAUGAACUCGCAGCGCCACCUGGACAUGGAUUAUAUGGUCGUACAGGAAGCUGGAGCGAUACUUGUCCACAAAAUUCUGCAAUCUGUGGCUUGAGGACCAGGGUAGAGAGGCCGUUAGACCACGGUGACGAUACUGCCCUCGACAAUGUGGAGUUCUAUUGUUGUGAAGAGAAUAUGGAAGCUGGAAAAUAAAAUCUUACUUUAUUAAGUCA